AUGGUUCGAAGAUCCGCCAGGCUGUCGACAGCGGGCAGGGCGGGCGCAGGGCAAAAGAGGCAACGGCCAGAAAUCCCGACUCCGACUCCAAAGCAGCCUGGCGAGUCGUCGUCUUCGUCUUCGCCGGCCGAUGGACACCAACCGGCCGUCUCCAAGAGGCGCAAGGUCGCGGCGGCCUCUCGCAGCGGCGCCAAGAAGCCCGACCUGCAUCCUCGCCUCUUCUCCUCUUCGACCACGGCGGACCCCCAGCCGUGCCUUGCGCCCGCCCGCCUGCACUCGCUCGAUUAUCACCGUCCCCUCCUCCUCAGCGGCCACGCCGCCGCCGAGCACCGCCGCUCGCUGCUGUCCUGGUUCGACUCGGUCAGCACUACGCGCGCCAUGCCCUGGCGCAAGCCAUGGAUUGACCCAGCCCUCUCCGACGACCCCGUCCAGCUGCGCCGCGCCCUCGAGGUUCGCGCCUACGAGAUCUGGAUCAGCGAAAUCAUGCUGCAGCAGACGCGGGUCGCCGUCGUUGUCGACUACUGGAACCGCUGGAUGGCCUGCUGGCCCACCAUCCGUGACCUGGCCCGCGCCCACGCCGACCACGUCCUCGCUGCCUGGCGCGGCCUGGGCUACUACAGCCGUGCGACCCGCAUCCACGACGCCGCAAAGCUCGUCGUCGAUGACCCCGAAAUGCGCGGCCUGCUGCCCGCCACCCCCGCCGACCUCGCCGCUCGCGUCCCCGGCGUCGGGCGCUACACGGCCGGCGCCAUCUCCGCCAUUGUCUUUGGCCGGGCCGAGCCCAUGGUCGACGGCAACGUGCUGCGCGUCCUGAGCCGCCAGCUCGGCAUCUACGCAAACGCCAAGGCCGACAAGGCCGUUAUUGACGCCGUCUGGGCCGCCGCCGACGCUCUCGUCAAGGCCGUUGCCGACGACGGCGAGGCCUCCGUCGCCAACGGACCAGUGUCUCUGACGGACCGGCCUGGGCGCUGGGGACAGGCGUUGAUGGAGCUGGGCAGUACCGUGUGCACGCCCAAGCCCGACUGCUCAUCAUGUCCCAUUACCUCAACCUGCCGCGUCUACAAUGAAGGCAAGGCAUUUGCCAACGGGGCCGGAAUGAACGACCGGAUGGACAUGGAAGACCUCUGCGGACUAUGUCUACCGUUCGAAGAAACCAUUGGAAAAGAUGGACCUCUGCAGUCGAAAGCGGAUGAGCGUCAGGCCGGUCCAAACCGGCUUUCCUUGGCCGACUUUGGCUUUCAAGUCAAGGACGGCAGCAAUGCAUCGUCUGUGUCCCCACGUAAGCAACCAAGAAGCCGUAAAGGAGCGUCGGCGGGAGCGAUUGCAGACUACGCCCGCCGGUUCCCGGCAAAGAUUGCCAAGAAGGCGCGCCGGCUGCCCAAGGGCUUGCUGGCUGGGCUGUGGGAGCUGCCCAGCACGGCCAUGAGCUCGUCCGGGUCGACAUCGGCCAAGAAGCGGACGCAGCUGGCCCGCUCGCACGCGGCGACACUGGUCAAAGGGUCGGGCGCGAGUGCCCAAGGCCUCGUACACGUCGGCGAGCUGGGCAGCGUGCCAUGGCUCUUUUCGCAUAUCAAACUCACCAUGCACGUCCAUCUCUUUUUGGCGGCCCAGGGCAAGCAGUGUGACUUGGCCGAGGGCAGGACGCCGACGCAGCCCCGCCGAUGGAGCCGGAACGUCGACGACGAGUCCAUGGGCACGGGGAUGCGCAAAUGCUGGGCGCUCGUGCGGGACGUGGAAGCCUCAGAGCCCGACUGA